AUGGCGGACAUCAGCGGGCUCGGUAUGAUGCCGUACUACACUCCAUUCGCGAUGUACCGGCAGCAACAACAGAUUGUUGGCCAACAACCAUUAGGGCAACAGAUGCAACAAACUCAAGUGCAACAGACGCAACAGCACGCGAAUAAUUCAUCUGUUGCCGACGGUAGCCAACAAUAUUGGUACGGGUACCAUGGACAUCCGCACGGAGUACACCACCAGGCUGCCGGACAGCAGUACUUAGAUCCUGCGGAGGUUCUACCGAGCUGGUCACAUCAUGCUCACGCGUACACACACCUCCAAUACCAACAUCAUCAGCCGGUAUAUCAACAGUCGCAAGUAAGCGGAGUGACAGAUUGGACCGGCGAUGAAGCAAACACGGGGGUUGGAGCUGGAGAAACAAGUCCACCAAACACCAUCAGCGGAAGCGAAAUGAGCAAUUCCAGCAAUCCAACUUCUCCACCGACUAAUAAUAGCAACAAUAGUAUUUCACCUAACAACAGAAACAAUAGUAAUAAUAUGGGACAUAAUAGUAGCGUGAGCAACACUAACACCAACGUGCAGCACAAUAACAACAGCACAACAACACCGAGACCAGCUCAGGUUAGAAGUCCAUACGAAUGGAUGAAGAAGACAUCAUAUCAGAGUCAACCGAACCCAGGAAAAACCAGAACAAAAGAUAAAUAUAGAGUAGUCUACACAGAUCAUCAGAGACUGGAGCUUGAGAAGGAAUUUCAUUAUAGUCGUUAUAUCACAAUCCGUCGUAAAGCCGAGCUUGCACUCAGUCUUUCACUCUCUGAACGACAAGUAAAAAUCUGGUUUCAAAAUCGUCGGGCAAAAGAACGCAAACAGAUGAAGAAACGGGAAGAGAUGGAGAGAGAAAGAGAGUUAAAGGCAGCAGAAAGUGUUACAAGCGCGAGCGGAGCAAUGGCGAGUCUCUCACUUGGAGGAAUGCUAGGUGGAUUAAUGCACAACGGUAGCUCAUCUCUGGGUCACAGUUCACAGAUGUUUAGUUUGAAUCACGCACCCCCUACGCUGCAAGCCACACAGACCCAAUCUAUGCCAAACAAUCUACAAUGA